UUUGUGUUAUACCCCAGACCGCACCAAUCUAGUUUUAACAUACAACCUGUCUCAUUUAUCACUAGUAGUCUGUAGAGACAAUGACGACCGGAGGCCGGUCGGAUAUGGGUUCCUUAGCCCUCCAAAUCCUAAACGGCCGAUGGUUCAUGGUGUUUGCCUCUUUCCUGAUCAUGUCGGCCGCCGGAGCCACAUACAUGUUUGGUCUUUACUCCUCUGAGAUCAAAACAGUCCUGGGGUACGACCAAAGUACCCUCAAUUUGCUGUCUUUCUUUAAGGAUGUCGGCAGCAAUGUCGGAGUACUUUCCGGCCUUAUCGCGGAGGUUACACCGCCGUGGGUCGUCCUCUCUAUCGGAUCUGUACUCAAUUUUUUUGGGUAUUUUAUGAUUUGGUUGGGUGUGACUAGAAGAAUUGCUAAGCCAACUGUUUGGCAAAUGUGUCUAUACAUCUGUAUAGGCGCAAACUCGCAAUCUUUUGCCAACACAGGGGCGUUAGUAACAUGUGUAAAAAACUUUCCGGAGAGCCGAGGGGUGGUGCUAGGGCUUCUGAAGGGAUUCGUCGGUCUAAGUGGAGCCAUCAUCACUCAAAUUUACUCGGCAGUCUAUGGUGACGAUAAACCAGCGCUCAUUUUGCUCAUUGGCUGGCUCCCAGCGGUUAUUUCCGUUGUGUUUGUACGUACAAUCCGUAUUAUGAAGGUCGUACGACAAGCAAACGAGCUCAAAGUCUUCUAUGAUCUUCUUUACAUAUCGCUCGGCCUCGCCGGAUUCUUGAUGAUAAUCAUUAUUGUAGAAAAAACUGCCCACUUUGCUCGUGGGGAGUACGUUGGUAGCGCUGCGGUGGUCGUUUUCCUCCUCUUUUUGCCACUCGCGGUGGUUAUAAGAGAAGAGUACAAUAGUUGGAAAGCGAAAAAGUUGUCGCUAAAUGAUCCGUCACCAAUAAAAGUCGUCACAGAAAAACCCAUUCCACCACCAACCAUCAGCGUCAUAUCACCACCCUCCCCACCGAAGCAAGAACAAGAACCAUCAUGCUUCCGGACCGCAUUCCAACCACCCGAGCGAGGUGAGGACUACACGAUCCUCCAAGCACUCUUCUCCAUAGACAUGUUGUUGCUAUUUUUAGCGACCAUUUGCGGCGUUGGUGGCACUUUAACUGCGAUCGACAACCUAGGCCAAAUCGGCGAGUCUCUCGGGUACCCAAAAAAGAGCAUUAGCACCUUUGUCUCCCUAGUUAGCAUAUGGAACUACCUCGGGCGGGUCACCGCCGGGUUCGGGUCAGAACACCUUCUAAAAAAGUACAAAUUCCCCCGCCCUCUCAUGCUAACCCUAACCCUAAUUCUAUCUUGUGUUGGACACAUUUUAAUCGCAUUCGGGGUCUCGAAUUCGCUCUACUUCGCAUCGAUUGUCAUCGGGUUCUGCUUCGGAGCGCAAUGGCCGUUACUUUUCGCAAUCAUAUCCGAGAUUUUCGGGUUGAAAUACUACUCAACUUUGUACAACUUCGGGUCGGUUGCUAGCCCGAUAGGGUUGUACAUAUUGAACGUGAAAGUGGCCGGACAUUUGUAUGAUGUGGAGGCUGAGAAGCAGAUGAAGGUGUUGGGGAUCGUUAGAAAGGCCGGUGAGUCUUUGGAUUGUGUGGGAGUUGAGUGUUAUAAGGUGUCGUUUCUUAUUAUAACUGCGGCUACUGUUUUUGGUGUGUUUGUUUCGCUCAUUUUGGUGGUGAGGACUAGAAAGUUUUACGCCGGUGAUAUUUAUAAGAAGUUCCGGGAGCAGGCUGAGAGGGCGGAGAUGGAGGAGAUGGCGGUGGCCGGUGGCGGCCACGGUGGUGGUGGUGGUGGAAAAGGAACAUGAUGAUUAUGAUGUUUGUAUACGUUGUUUUUUAUACAUUUUUAGGACUACACAAUUAAGGAAUGGAUUGUUAGCUAAAAAUACAUUUGUAACAUACUUUUAGUUGAAAAGAUAAUAUAAGUUUUUAAUAAGUUUAAAGGUUUAUGAUA